UGUCACGCAUGGGAAACCGGCGGCAAUCCUCACGAGCGAGAUUCCGCUGAGAAGCCCGAUCGAAAUCGUUCAUCGGGAGUAGAAUAGCGUUCUCCUUUUCUGUUCGUUUACCGAUGCCCGAUGACGAUAUCUCGUGUCUAUCUUACAUACGCGCAGGUACGAUUGGCGUCAUGUACGGUGCAAUAUUCCCUAGAUUAUUUAAAAUUACAUUGCCAUCCUUUCCUCCGUUUAAAAUUGGGCCUACAAUAGUAUGCUUUCAACUUUAAGAAAUUGACCAAUCACGAUUGAUUGCUCUCCUAUAAUUCGCUCGUAAUUGAUCGAUUUCUCACGGCACAAGGCUUCAGGUAUUUACCGAAGGUCAGGAUUUACGUACGUAACCUGUAAAAUCGAAAAUCGCACGAGCAGCUCCGAUCACAACGGUGGAGAGUUAUAACGCGGCUCUAAUUAUAAACGGUCUCGACUUUACGCACGCAAGAGUACUGGAGAGAACCAAGCGACUUUCGAUCUAGGGGAUGGUGUUGUGUGCAUACGUGACGCCGUGUGAUUAUGCUCCAAGACGGAUCAAAUAACACACUCGACACGGGACGAGGUACGAUGAUACAACCGGGUGAUGUCCCCGUUGGCUGGUUCAGACCUCGACGGGCGAGGAAGCGUAACCGGAACGUGACCAACCUAACCUACACGCGACACCAACAGGUCCGUCCUCCUGGUGGAACUUUCAGCGCGUUGCGACAAAAAAAAAAGAGAGGAGCACGGAUGGCACGUCGAGGAACGGAAUCACAGGACCGUCCUGGUUUCCCCCAAACUUGCGUAUACGCGCAUUUACCUAUCACGACCAAGCGGGAAAUGCGGGCCUCGAGCUGACCGCCGAAUGCCGCACGCACGCUGUCCGGCGUGAUUUCCAGGAAGACACCCUCGUCGCUCGCGCACAGGAAACAGCAGCA